AUGAUCCGCUUCAUCCUGCUGCAGAACCGGCAGGGGAAGACGCGGCUGGCCAAGUACUACGAUCCGCUCGAGGACUCGGAGAAGCACAAGGUUGAAUACGAGGUACAUCGGCUCGUGGUCAAUCGGGACCCUAAGUUCACCAACUUCGUCGAGUUUCGCACACACAAAGUUAUCUACAGGAGAUAUGCAGGACUGUUUUUUUCAAUAUGUGUGGACAUAACUGAUAAUGAAUUGGCAUACUUGGAAUGCAUUCACUUGUUUGUCGAGAUAUUGGACCAUUUCUUUAGCAAUGUUUGUGAGCUUGAUUUAGUGUUUAAUUUUCACAAGGUUUACCUGAUACUAGAUGAGUUCAUUCUUGCUGGAGAGCUGCAAGAGACCAGCAAAAAGGCAAUAAUUGAGCGAGUGGGUGAACUGGAGAAGCUGGAAUGA